ACCCCGCGGUGAUUCCUCCACCUCGAGCUCUGCACAACCUGCGCGUUUUCCCUCAGACGGAACCAGGGCGUCGGGACUACAGGCUGUACCCCUCUUUUUUUAAAUUUAUUUAUUUAUUCGGGACUCGUUCGAUUCAUCAGCAAACCCCGUGGUGGAAGGGAAGGGGGAUCCUGUUUUUUUUUCUUUUUCCCCCUCACCGUGGACGGAGGAGUUUUGCGUGUUUUUCCGUGUGAUACGCGUUGCCUGUAAUGGGUAAAAGUGGACAGAGAAGUGGAGUAGCACUUAACAGGGGCUCCUGCCUGGUGAGAAUGUGCGCCACGCCGGGGAUCCUGGUUCUCCUGGUACUUGUACAUGCAGGAGUCGCCCAAGUGAGAGACGAUGACGACUUCCUGAGUCUCAGUGAACUCCCAGAGACCUUCCCCUCGGACCCACCUGAGCCUUUACCUCACUUCCUGUUCGAACCCGAGGAAGGCUACAUCGUCAAGAACAAGCCCGUGAAUCUCUACUGCAAAGCGACGCCCGCCACGCAGAUUUACUUCAAGUGCAACAGCGAGUGGGUCCAUCAGAAAGACCACACGGUGGAGGAGCGGGUCGACGAGAACUCGGGCCUUGUGGUCAGAGAAGCCAGUAUAGAAAUAACCCGGCAACAAGUGGAGGAGCUGUUCGGUCCUGAAGACUACUGGUGUCAGUGCGUGGCCUGGAGCUCUGCCGGGACGACCAAAAGCCGCAAGGCGCAUGUCCGCAUCGCAUACUUGAAGAAGUCAUUUGAACAGGAGCCCCUGGGAAAGGAAGUAUCUCUGGAGCAGGAAGUGCUGCUGCAGUGUCGCCCUCCGGAGGGUAUACCAGCUGCUGAGGUGGAGUGGCUAAAAAACGAGGAGAUCAUCGACCCGGCCGAGGACAGAAACUUCUACAUCACCAUCGACCACAACCUGAUCAUCAAACAGGCGCGUCUGUCCGACACGGCCAACUACACGUGCGUGGCGAAAAACAUCGUGGCCAAGAGACGAAGUACGACAGCCACAGUCAUAGUUUACGUGAACGGCGGCUGGUCCACGUGGACGGAGUGGUCCGCGUGUAACAGCCGAUGCGGCCGCGGCUUCCAGAAACGAACCCGGAGCUGCACGAACCCCGCCCCUCUCAACGGUGGGCUGCCGUGCGAUGGACAGGCCAUCCACAAGCUGCCCUGCACCACGCUGUGCACCGUGGACGGCGUGUGGACAGACUGGAGCAAGUGGUCCGCCUGCGGGACGGAGUGCACACAGUGGAGAAGGAGGGAGUGCAACAACCCAGCACCCAAAAAUGGUGGGAAGGACUGCGAGGGUCUUGUUCUCCAGUCCCAAAACUGCACUGAUGGCCUCUGUAUGCAAAGUUCAUUGUUUCAGAAGUCCACUGAGCCCAAAGAAAAGAGUGAUUUGGGAAUACCAUCCGCCCCAAGCACAGACGACGUGGCGCUGUACGUGGGCAUCGUCAUCGCGGUGAUCAUGUGCCUGUUCAUCUCCGUCAUCGUGGCGCUCUUCGUCUAUCGCAAGACUCACCGGGACUUUGACUCAGACAUCAUCGACACCUCUGCGCUCAACGGAGGCUUCCAGUCUGUUAAUAUCAAAACGGCCAGAUCAGCCGAUUUACUGACGGCGCCUCCCGACCUGACCAAUGCAGCUGCCAUGUAUCGCGGUCCAGUGUACGCCCUUCACGACGUGUCGGAUAAAAUCCCGAUGACCAACUCCCCCCUCCUGGAUCCGCUUCCAAACCUGAAGAUCAAGGUCUACAACUCCUCCGGUCUGGUGACCCCACAGGACGAUCUGGGAGGAGACUUCACAUCCAAACUGUCUCCCAAGGUUACUCAGUCUCUGUUAGAUAACAGCGACACCAUGAACCUUCGUAACCAGACCCUGGCCCGGACGAGAGAUCCUUCCUGCACUGCCCACGGAUCGUUCAACAGCCAGGGAGGACACCUGAUUGUACCUAACUCUGGUGUGAGUCUGUUGGUUCCAGCGGGGGCCGUUCCUCAGGGCCGGGUCUAUGAGAUGUAUGUGACUGUGCACAGGAAGGACAGCUUGAGACCUCCGGUCGAGGACAUUCAGACGGUUCUCAGCCCAGUGGUCAGCUGUGGACCUCCAGGAGCGCUGCUGACCAGACCAGUGAUCCUCACCAUCCACCACUGCGCAGACAACGUUCAAGAAGACUGGCUCAUACAGCUGAAGAACCAGCUGGCCAUGGGGGAGUGGGAGGAUGUGGUUGUGGUGGGAGAGGAAAACUUCACCACCCCCUGCUACGUGCAGAUGGACUCGGAGGCUUGUCACAUCCUGACAGAGACGUUGGGGACUUACUGCCUGGUGGGCCAGUCAGUCGGCAAAGCAGCUGCCAAGAGGCUCAAACUGGCUGUUUUUGGGCCCAUCUCCUGCACGACGCUGGACUAUCACAUCCGAGUCUACUGCCUGGAUGACACUCAAGAUGCACUCAAGGAGGUUCUUCAGAUGGAGACGCAGAUGGGAGGGAAGCUUCUGGACGAGCCAAAGACGCUGAACUUUAAAGACAGCACACAUAAUCUGAGACUGUCAAUCCACGACGUGCCCCACACACACUGGAAGAGCAAACUCAUCGCUAAAUAUCAGGAGAUCCCAUUCUACCAGGUGUGGAGCGGCAGUCAGAGAAGCCUUCACUGCACCUUCACCCUGGAGAGACUGAGCCCGGCCAUCACGGACAUCAGCUGCAAGCUGUGUGUCCGGCAGGUGGAGGGAGAAGGACAGAUCUUUCAGCUCAGCAACACUCUGGAGGAGGAGCUCCAGUGCAUAGACACAUCGCUGAUGGACCCUGCGAGCAAUAUCACAACUUUAGUGGGGCCCAACGCCUUCCGGAUUCCCUUAUCCAUCAGACAGAAGCUGUGUGGCAGUCUGGAUGCGCCGCAGACCAGAGGGAACGACUGGAGGAUGCUGGCCCACAAACUCAACCUCGACAGGUACCUGAACUACUUUGCCACCAAGUCCAGUCCGACGGGCGUGAUCCUGGAUCUCUGGGAGGCCCAGCACUUCCCGGACGGGGACCUGAACGAACUGGCCGCCGUGCUCGAAGAAAUGGGCCGCCACGACAGUAGCCUCACCUCCAUGACAAUGGAGCACUGACGAAGCCCCCACGGUUACCGUGACGAUGACAGAACUCUGGAGAUGAUUACAGGAGAAUUCUCUACAGCCUGAAACUGUAUCGAUGGUGAAAUACCGCGGUGAUCCUGCCGACACGGCGACAGAGCGAGAGGCGCUCCAGCUGGAGCCGGCGCUCUGUACGUAUCUUUGUGUGUGUGUUUGCGAGGUGUUGCAGUGUUGUGUGGAAGGAGACUUCCUGAUCAGGAACAAACAAAACAGACACACGCCUAAAAAAACAAAAACAAAAAAAAACAAAAAAGAAAAAGAACAAAAAAGAAAAAGACCUUGUCUAUAGUAACAUCAGUCGUUUCUUGCUGUUACUUUAAUGCUGAAAAAAGAAACAGGCAGAGGAGGGAAGAAAGAAGAGGAGAAACCUUAAACGCCUCUAUAGGAGGGGAACAGGAUCAAAAAGGGAAGGAAAAGAUAAACUGAUUACAGAGUAGCGGAAGAAUGCAGUCAGAGGAAAAAUAGUAAGUCGACUCUUUAAAAAGAUGUGUGCAAACACAGAGAACCUAAACUGAUUACAAAACAGAGGGAGGACAUAAAGAUAAAAUGAUGGGAGCGUUGGCAGGUGAUCAUCUGGAUGGAAAACAGAUAAUGAGAGGGGAGAUGAAUGAGCUCCUCUUCUCCUUUGAGCCUUGGCUGUACGUGUUUGCCAGUACAGUUUGUCGUCUUUAUAUCGUUUCUUAGGGAACGCUCUAUGUAUUCUGCUGUCCAUAUGUGUGGAUCAUUUCCUGCUAACACAGUUUGCUAAAUAGUGACUGUCCGUCAGUGUUCCUGACCAGAAACAAGCCCCGGACGACAGCGUUCCUUUUAUAGUUGAUGCUUCAUUGUCAUAUUGGAGCUCUCUUUUGAAAGAUGUUCAAUUGUCCAGGUAGAGGGGGGAAAAAACAAACAAGACACAAAUCUGAAUUUAUUCUCAGUAUCAGAUUUUUUUUUUUUUUUUUUUGAAAAUCCAAAGAAGAUUGUACUCCUGAUGGGCAUUAAUAAAACAUUUUAUUAGUAGUAUUGUCCUCAUGGAAUACCAUAUUCCACACAGUGGUUCGUGCGUUCACUCUCUGUGAUUGGGGGCCUUUGUCUGAAGAUUGUGUAGUCUACCUGUGGUGCGUGCGCGUUUACAUGUAAAUGUGAGUGUUGUUUGUCCAGUGACGGACUGGAGAGCUGCUCAGUGUGAACCCAGCCUUCACUCAUAGCUGAGACUGGCUCUAGCGCCCCCUCUUGUUCGAAUGAUGCAGCAUAGAAAAUCGAUGAACGGCAUUAAAUCUAGUGAUAUUUAUAUAUAAAAGACCUGGGUUUCCUCCGUUCAUCCUCGUGCAUGCAGAGUUCACCGUAAGUCACCGAGGCAGCGACGUUCAUAUCAUGUUUUAAUUUAGUCAGUUGUCAGCAUGUGGUCUGUGCUCCUUAGCGAAUGGGAGUUGUUUGAUGAUGCUCCGUGUUCGGUUUACUGCAACCUCAGAUGCAGGAGUGGUCGUCGGGGCUUGUUUCUGGACAGGAUUCAACUCAGAAAUGUGAGAGAAAACAAAGGUGAUGAGUUGGAAGUUGAAAAAAAUAAAAAACAGUAAUACACACAGUACCAUAGUGUUAUGUGAUAGUGAAUUAAAUACAACUGAUAUCAUUCAUUACCACUAAAUGUACACAGUAUACUGAUUUUACCAAUCAUAUUUUAAUUUACUAAUAUAUACAUAUUCAUGCAUCUAUAUAUAUAUAGCCUGCAUAUAUAUUUCUUUUCUGUUUUUGGUGUCCCGUCCGUCACUUGAUGUCAGUUCUCAGGCCUCGUUAGUGAUCACCUCAGUGACUUUGUGGGUCACUAGCACCAUCCGGUGGCCUUUGAAGAAUAAGAGCAUUUACACCUUUUUAAUCAUCUGAAACAUGUAAAUACAUGAUUAUCAUGCUCAUCCUAAUGACAUUGUAUUCCAUAAUGUUUUUUUUUUGUUUGUUUUUUCUGAUCAUUUUCAUUCUGAUUGAUGUUAUCUUUAUGAUUUGCCAUUGUAACGUGUGUGUAGGUGUGAACUGUUUCGGGGUGGGUACCUGUAACCUAUCAGUCACUCGCCCUUUUUCCUCAAACGAUUUUCAAUGAGCAACAAACAUUCCAGCUCAUGGCAUAUUUGUUGAAUAAGUUGUCAAAUUAGAGCUAAAGAUCACCAUAACAAAAGGGUCUUGUGUUAAAUAGAAAAGAAGAAAAAAAAAAGUGUAAUAUAUUUGUGUUUUGCAGAGUAACAUUGUGAAACAAGUCUGGCUUUCAAAAAUUUUUGCACUGACUCGGGUCACCAGUGUCUGAUGAGAAGGUGUAACUCCAACUCUUAUAGCUUUGAGGAAAGAAAAACAGCCUUAUUUUGAAGGGAUUUUAAAGUUGACUGAUCUCUCGAGGGACAUCGACUUUAUCCACCCUGCAGAGGAGAACAUGAACACUCGGUUUUGAAGGGGAUGCAUAUAUAAUGGAGUGAAGAUAUUUCUGUACCGAAUAACGGAGAGACGCCAUAAGAAACUGAACAUCAGGUAUGUAGAGGAGAUACUGGGGAGGAUGCUGUUGUUGUUAUUUUUUUUUUGUUGUUGUUUUGUAUCCAUAAAAGACAAAGGUUGAGUUCCACACUGGUACAGAAGGUCAAAUCUCUACCUGGUCGUGACAGAUCUCCUCUUGUGGCUGCCGUCCACAUCAGAGAAAACCUUGAGAAAUUGAUUUUUCACAUUGAUUUUUCUUCCCACUCCGUUCAGCUGGUCAGAAUCGCAGCACUCGGAGAUUCAGACCUCUUGUAUCAGUGAAGAAUCAAAUGUAACACGCUAGGAGCACGAAAAAAAAAAAAAAAAGAAAAGAAAAGAAAGAGGAGUGAGGCUCAAUGACAGAGUGGAUGUUUUGUAUGUGUUCAAAUGCGCCUGCUUGACAUCGGAUACGAGCAGGUCAGAGGGAACGGAGCAUUUAAUGAGGAUGAAAGCCUGAAAAGCUUUGAUUUCAGAACAAAACAUGAGUCAUGAGAUCAAUCUUCAUACAAUUUGAUCGUCUACAUUUCUGACAAUUCAAAGGCUGGAUUACCAUUCAUUCACGCAGCAUUCUGAUUUUUAACUGGCGGUCCAGGAGACCGAUCAGUCCAUAAAUGUCAGUUCAGACAACCUAAAAUCGACUCUCAAGUCUACAGUUUACCAGCAGGACAGACUUUCUGUUAACAGAGGAAGAAAAGGGGAGUUUUCAUAUGAGGAGAGGACAAACGGGCCUCUUGACGAUGAUCCUUCAUGAUGUGAAAAUGAAGAAAGUAGUGUUGAGAUAUCAAAAUAUGUAAAAAUAUUUUCUAUCUACAGUAUGUACAGUUGUGUACUGUCGACUAUAUUUGGCAAAUUUCAGAAUAUAAAAAAGAGCAGUACAGUUAGAUAAUAGUUUGUAUGUUUCCAGUUUCUUUUUUUUUUUAAUUUAAGUUUCUUUCCCUUUUUUGUAAAAGCAGUGUCUACUAUGCAAACUUGGCAUUGGUUAUCAUGAUAGAAGUCUAUAACUAGAGCUGUCCUUGUAAGUGCAGUUUUGAUUUUCCUUUCAGGAGUGAUUUGAUUUGAUUAGUGUGGGAUAGUGUUGGUCCAUUUUAGCUAAUUCUGGCACGCUUCAUGAGUCUUGCUCAAUCUUGCUGAAUGCUCGCCUCUCUAUCUCCUCUAAUUGUUUUCUGUACAAAGUGUAAGAAAGAAUUUUUAAGACAAUUAAUAAAUUAUAUUUAUAAGCAA